AUGGUUGCAACUUCACUGGUCCUAGCUCUUGGUUCUGGGCUAGCUGCCCUUGCCCUCCCCACACAGCAGCCACUUAUUGGGAUUAAUUUUGCUGAUGAAUUUAAAACGAGCUGCAAUGUGAACAAUCCAGCUGCCGAGAAGACUUACUACGGCGUAGGGAAUAACAAAGAUACUAACGCUGGUCAAGUCAAGUUGAGGAUCAGCAAUGGAGGUGCUGGCCUUUCUGGCCUAGUCGGCGCACUAGCGGAUGAGUUUAUCACGUACAUGGUCAACAAAACAGACAUCGACAAGCGCGUGGAUCCGUUUAGGGUUGAAUGGGUAAAAGGCGAUACAACCGAGACGCUCAAUUACCUGGCAACCGGCCAAGCAGACAUUGGAAUUACUUACAACAAGGCGGCAGAGUGCCAAGCCAUGUCCGAUAAGGUGGCCGCUCGUAGAGUCUACGGGUUUAGAGAUCAUUUCUAUCUUGUUGGACCCCAUAAUAACCCGGCUGGCCUAAAUGUAUACCAAAACGGCACUGCCAACCAGACAGUUUUCACUCAAUUUCAGAAGAUUGUGUCCACGGGAAAUAACGCGACUCAUUCUGCCACGAACAUUAAAGAUUCAGAAUUAUUCGUUGCAAUUGGCCAGGUGCCAUGGGGUCUGGCCUACUCCAAGUGGUAUCAUCAAUACAUCAUGUAUCCGAUAGAUGCGCUUAAAGCUGCAGCGCUCUUAGAAGAGUAUACGAUUACUGAUAGGGGUACCUGGCUUUCGACUCCCAAGAACAUAACAGAAAUGUUAGUUCUCUACAACGAGGGAAAAGACGAUGAAACACAAGAUAACCCGGAUGUAGUUGAAGGCCCGGCGGACCCCCUUCUAAAUCCUGCGUUUUUCUUGACGAGCACCAAAAUUUGCGAGGAAAACAAGGACCUUGCAGAUGCCUUCCUCGAUUGGGUGGUCGACCGUGCGCUUGGUCAGGAAGUUAUUAAGGGUUACAGGAGAAACGAUUCAGACGAGUGGCUCUACACUGGUGCGCCUAACCGUACCGACCUCCGAAUCCAAAACUGCACCAUCCAAGGAUCUUAG